UAAAUCUAUCUAAUACUGUGGGUUUUACUAUAACAUUUCAGUAAGUCUAGUCAUUGAUGAUUUUCCCCCUCCCCUUCCGGUCAAAACCCCCUCUAGUACCUCUGCAUAGGGGUACCCCAGGUUUGGAACCACUGGAGUAGUGGCCAGUAGUAUAUUGAACUUGUGGAGAACAUAGAGCAGUCCUAUGUAAUUGUCUGUAACUGUAGUGUAUGACUCUUGUGUAUGACUGAUUUGAUGUUUUCUUUUUUUUCUCUAAUGUAGCUCAGCGUAAAUUCAGACAGGGAGACUUCUAUUACGUGGCUUCUCUCCCUUUCACUGAUCAGCUGGGCGUUGUUUUACUAUAGUGCGACCCGCCUCCUCCCGUUUCACCUCCAGGCCUUUUAGACGGUGUUCUCGGUCUUCUCCCGGCUGUCGGCUUGUGUUUCGUCUUCGGCUUUUUCUCGCCACCACCAGUGUCUGGUUUCCAUUGGGGGAUGUGUUUGGUUUCCCUAAACCAUGACAUUUGCAUAGAUACCCCUUAACAAUGGAGACUAAUCUCCAAAUAACUUGUGUUUGUACUUACUUGGUUAUCUUGUUAAUAAAUGUUUGCAUAUCUGCAACGAAGUCUCUCCUGAUUGAAUUGUAGACAAUAAUGGCAUUGGAAGGAAACGAGACCCCUCACAUCCUCGUGUUUGUGGAUGAAGCUGGCUUCAACCUGGCCAAGGGCCGAAGACGUGGCCGUAAUAUUAUUGGCCAUCGGGCCACGGUGGAUGUCCCAGGCCAGCGAGGGGGCAAUAUAACUAUGUGUGCUGCCAUUUCUGAGAAUGGUGUGGCCACUCACAUCCCCAGUCUUGGCCCAUACAAUACACAGAAGUUCCUCAUCUUCUUGGACCGCCUUCAUUUUGAUUUGAUCCCUGAAAAUGAGAGAGGUCUCGUAGGGUCUCACCUACCACAAUAUGUCAUUGUAUGGGACAAUGUGAAUUUCCACCGUGGCCCGUUCAUCAGGGCCUGGUUCACUACUCAUCCAAGGAUGGUCAUGCUGUUCCUACCACCUUACUCUCCUUCCCUCAAUCCUAUUGAGGAGUAUUUCUCCGCUUGGAGGUGGAGAAUGUAUGAGCAUCGGGCUCAAGAUCAGAGGUCCCUGCUCCAUACAAUGGACGCUGCGUGUAAGGAUAUUACAGGAGAUCAGUGUACGGGAUGGUUGCAACAUGCAUGCCUUUUCUUCCCUCGUUGCAUCGUAAGGGAGAAUAUACACUGUGAUGUGGACGAGAAUCUGUGGCCAGACAGACAGCAGAGUGUGGAUGGCCAGGAGGGUGAGGACGGUGGCCAGGAGAGGGAGGGUGAGGACAGCGACCAGUGAAGAACUGUUAGUUGUGAAACUCCAGCUUUAUUUACAGCACUGUAGGCUACAUAUAAUUUUCCUUGUUUUUUGUUUGUGUGUUUAUAUUACAGUAUAUUAUGCUGUAUACAUUUUCUUUUUACUCUGAUGUAUGGAAGUUACUUUAUGUGUGUGAAUAAAAAUGGUUACAAUUUCCUUGGCAGUAUGAGUGCAAUGUGUGAUGUCAAACCUUGGAGGCUACUUUUACCCUAAAAUUCUAUUUUUUUUUCUCAGUUUGAUACACAAUUGUAUUCUGUUAACUAGACAAAAACAGUACAGUAACCAUUGUCAAUGAAGGACUGGGCUAAGACUGAAAGGUGGAAAUGAGGGAUAUUUCAAUGGUCCUCUGCCAUAGUGACAAAACAUCUAAACAUUUUGACUUGCAGUGCUUACACAAUGCCAAAGGGACGAAGCAUUUUGGGGGCACUGACUAUUUAAAUGAGAAAGAAAUUUAGUUUUGACACAUGAAUGAACUGUUUUGGGAGAGAUAUGAGCUUUUGCAGGUGAACCAUGG